UCGCCCAUUUAUUAUUGCUCACUCGUCGCAGAAAACAGAGAUUCCUCGCUGUCUGAACUCAAAAUAAGAUCGCAUUAAACUCUUUUUAAGCUCUCUCACAAAGACAAAGAUCUUCUUCUUCUUCUUCCCUCUUCUCUCUUUGUUCUCUCUUCUCUCUUUGUUCACUAAGUUGAAGAGAAAGGUAAAGAAUAAUGGAGAACCCACCGGAUCAAACAGAGUCAUCAUCAAAGGAGAUGCUUCAACCAAGUAGUAGUAAUGGUAGAAGAAGAAGAGCCAAGGGUGGUCUUCUCACUAUGCCUUUCAUCAUUGCAAACGAGGGGUUCGAGAAAGUGGCGAGCUACGGGCUAUUACAGAACAUGAUUCUUUACCUGAUGAGUGAUUACAGACUUGGAGUUGCCAAAGGCCAGACAGUGUUGUUCAUGUGGGUCGCUGCUACUAAUUUCAUGCCUCUCGUUGGAGCUUUCCUCUCAGAUUCCUUUUUCGGUCGCUUUCUCACCAUCGCCAUUGCUUCUCUCUCCAGUUUCCUGGGUAUGGUGUUUCUAUGGCUAACGGCGGUGUUACCACAAGUGAAGCCAUCACCUUGUGUAGCAGCAGCCGGGACCAGCUGCAGUUCCGCUACAUCUUCACAAUUGGCUCUUUUGUAUUCCGCAUUUGCACUUAUAUCGAUUGGAUCAGGCGGAAUCAGGCCAUGUUCUUUAGCCUUUGGUGCUGAUCAGCUUGACAACAAAGAGAAUCCUAAGAACGAGAGAGUUCUUGAGAGCUUCUUCGGUUGGUACUACGCUUCUUCGUCUGUUGCUGUCUUGAUCGCUUUCACCGUCAUUGUUUACAUUCAAGAUCAUCUAGGAUGGAAAAUCGGGUUUGGAAUACCCGCGAUUCUCAUGCUGCUCGCGGCUUUCUUGUUUGUUUUGGCCUCUCCUCUCUAUGUUAAACGCAACGUGAGCAAGAGUCUGUUCACUGGUUUAGCUCAAGUGGCUGUUGCAGCUUACGCGAACAGGAAGUUAAGUUUGCCAGAGCAUCAAGACUCCAACGACUGUUACUAUCGUUUGAAAGAUUCUGAAGUCAAAGCUCCAACUGACAAAUUGAGGUUUAUAAACAAAGCUUGUGUCAUAAGAAACCGAGAAGAAGACCUUGGCUCUGAUGGUUUGGCCUUAAACCCAUGGAGGCUAUGCACAACAGACCAAGUUGAGGAACUCAAGGCGUUGGUCAAGGUGAUACCAGUAUGGUCCACAGGGAUAAUGAUGUCAAUAAACGUUAGCCAGAACUCGUUUCAGUUGCUUCAAGCUAAAUCAAUGGACAGACGUUUGAGCAACAGUUCGAACUUCCAAAUCCCAGCUGGAUCUUUCGGUAUGUUCACAAUCAUAGCCUUAAUCUCAUGGGUCGUUUUGUACGACCGCGCCAUCCUCCCAUUAGCUUCCAAGAUCCAAGGCAGACAAGUUAGGAUCAAUGUCAAGAUUCGAAUGGGGUUAGGGCUAUUCAUAUCCUUCUUAGCAAUGGCGGUUUCCGCAACUGUUGAGCAUUACAGAAGGAAAACCGCGAUAAGCCAAGGACUCGCAAACGACGCCAACACAACAGUGAACAUCUCAGCGAUGUGGCUGGUACCACAGUAUGUGCUACACGGUUUAGCAGAGGCCUUAACAGGGAUAGGACAGACGGAGUUUUUCUACACAGAGUUCCCAAAAAGCAUGUCGAGCAUUGCGGCUGCGCUGUUCGGUCUAGGAAUGGCAGUGGCUAAUAUCUUGGCUAGUGUGAUACUAAAUGCGGUCAAGAAUAGCUCAAAGAAGGGAAACGUUAGCUGGAUUGAAGAUAACAUCAACAAGGGUCACUACGACUAUUACUAUUGGAUUUUAGCAAUCUUGAGCUUCGUUAAUGUCAUCUAUUACGUUGUGUGUAGCUGGUCGUAUGGUCCAACGGUGGAUCAGAUGAGAAAUGACAAGGUUAAUGGCGUGAGAGAAGAAGAAGAAGAAGAAGUUCUUAAAUUAAACUAAGAACCAAAUUGAUCACAAGUGGUGUACGUACGUGUGCUAUAAAAAUCUAAAUAUUUGUAUGUAAUUAGAUUACUAUUAUAUAAUGGAUUUGGAUUUUCUUA